AUGUUGUUUUUGUAUCUUCGCAGGACUAAAGUAAAUGAAACUGCUGAAACUGAAACUGAAACCGGAGAUGAUGCCGAAGGGGAGAACGUUAUUGAAGUGACAAGUGAAGGUACCUGCUGGGCCUUCAAACAGUGGGCUGUUCACCUGAUGUUUCCUCCUGAUGCUGUAUCUGAGCAUACAUCAAUCGUGGUCCACAGAUGGAAAUACAGUGUCCGUUCACCCCCCGUGAAGGAACAUGAAGCCAUCACUAGCCAUGUUAUUGAACUAUCUUCGUUGAAUGGUCAAGAACUAAAAUUUAACACCAAGGUGAAGCUGUCGUUAUCUCACAGCGCAACAGACCUACAGGGCUAUGAGCUAGUGAUGAAAAAGCUGAUUGACAAGGAGACUAAUUAUUGGGAAGACGUGGAUGGAACCAGGGACAUACGUUGUCGUCAAGGCUUCGAAGACAAUCACCCUUCCCACAUGAAAAUAACGGACUUUUUCUUUCCCGUUGCUCAGGCUGAUAUAUCUGAGUGCUCAACAUACGCAGUAGUUUGCCGUCUCAAAGCUUCUCCAACUUACACCAUCACAUCUGGUGGCGGCUCAUUUAGCCAUCCUGACUUCCCAGGCGUGACAGUUACAAUCCCUGAGAAUGCUGUUACACCUAAGGCAAAGUUUCCGUUGGAGUUAAAGGUUCAAGAAGUUUCAAAUGAAGAAUUUGAAGUUGAGGGUAAAUUUCUUGGACCUGUAUUGAGAAUCAAAUGCUUUCAAGCUGUUCAGUUCUUGAAACCUGUCGCGAUUCAGCUGCCAAUUUCUCUUCGAGAGCAACAAGACUUGAAUCUAAACCCCUCAACAUGUCUCGUCAGAGUGCUGUUCCUCAAGUCCCAUAGUGAUAAAAAAGAAUGGAUUGAAAUUACUGAUGAUCUUGUGAAACCGCCAAGUCUUGAUCGAAAGUUUGUAAGGUUCCAUGUGGAACGGUUCUCUGCAUAUUCGUAUUAUGUUGAGAGGAAAAACGAAAACUCCAGGUUUUAUCCACAAAGAAUUAUAAACUUCCAUAACAGCCGCAUUGUUGUUCAGCCCACACUGACAGUCUUCUUCGCUUACUUUCGUCCGGAUCUUUUAAACAUUUUGUGUCUGAUAUGCUGCCCUGCUCAUCUUAAAGGAGAGGUACUAAGGCAGGUUGAAAAACAAGGCAUAACGCCUAUUUACAAAAACUCGAAGGAAGAUAUGGUACCUGGGCAUGAUAAGGCAUCCGUGUUGGUAUCAGGAGGAAUAUGCCCACGAGAAGAGAGCGACAUGGAGGAAAUUUAUCUUAGGCUUUUAGAGCACGAUCCAGACGAUGCUGAGUUGGAAGUUCGUUUUCGUAAUGACAAAACAAGUCGAGUGGAAUUUUAUGGCAUCUCAAAAGCCAGAGUGCCUCCAUUGUGUAGAUUGCACUUAAGAACGCCCACUAAGGGUGCGCGACAGCCUAGUGCACGAAUGGAAGACAGUCCAACGGACGGUGUACUACAAAAUCUGUCAAAAAAAGUCUCUAACGAUUGGAGAACACUUGGGCGACAGCUAAACUUCCGUGAAGCAGAUCUGCAAAAUUUUGAUAAUAGCCAUAGACAAAUAUCCGAAAAAGCAUACGCCAUGUUGUUAAAAUGGAAACAAAGGGACGGCUCAGAUGCUACCUACAGUGUUCUGAACCAGGCGCUGUGUGAUGAGCGCGUAGAGCGUAAAGAUUUAGCAGAAGAAUUUUGUUGUUACUGA